AUGGCUACAGAACAAUUAGACGAAUUAGAAAAUGCUGUAAGGACUUUAAAACUCCAACGCCAACAAAAAGAGCUUCCGGAAAAGAAUGAACGUCUCAUUAACAACCAACCAAAGGAACUUGAAGCAGAGAUUGGUAAAAACAGCUUAACAGAAUUAAAGUCGUUAGCAAAUCCACCUGAAAUGGUGAAAACAACAUUGUCUGCAUUCAUGCUUGUUUUAGGGCACCCAGUGACAGACGCAAAGGUCAGAGUGGAAAAAGAUAAAAAUAUUUAUGGCAAACAUAGAUAUUAUUAUAAUGAAAUGUAA